UGAGAUUAUCUGUUCAAUGUUUUUUAUAAUUGGUUCAAUUUGAUUUCAAACACGUCGUUUUAUUAUUUGCUGUCAAUCUAUAUUUAAUGCAAUCGUUUUUUUUUUUCACUUUUAUUCGUACAUCCUAUCAUGUUGCCAAAAUUUUUUUUCAUAUUGAUAACUGUAUUGACGUUGCUUGUUAGUUUAUUUGUCAAUGGCGACAGUAAAUUCAGUAAUCCACAUUUUAUUGGUAAUCGUAGUGUUAUAACACAUUUAAUGGAAUGGAAAUAUGAUGAUAUUGGUGAUGAAUGUGAACGUUUUCUUGGUCCAUAUGGUUAUGGUGGUGUACAAGUUUCACCGGUAAAUGAACAUGCCAUUAUGGAUGGCCGACCUUGGUAUGAACGGUAUCAACCAGUUAGUUAUGAUAUACACACACGUAGUGGUGAUGAACAACAAUUUCGUCGUAUGGUACAACGUUGUAAUAAAGCCGGUGUCCGUAUAUAUGUUGAUAUUGUAUUAAAUCACAUGACCGGUGGUCAAUCAGGCCUAGGAACAAAUGGACAUCAUUAUGAUGGUGUAGCUAUGCAAUAUCCUGGAGUACCGUUUGGACCAAAUGAUUUUCACGGACACGAAACAUGUCCAACAAAUGAUUUAGAAAUUCACAAUUAUUCCAAUCGAAUUGAGGCUCGAAAUUGCCGUUUGGUGGGUUUGCGAGAUUUGAAACAACAAUCUGAAUAUGUUAAACAGAAACAAGUCGAUUUUCUCAAUCAUUUGAUUGAUAUUGGCGUUGCUGGAUUUCGUUCGGAUGCUUCCACGCAUCAAUGGCCCGAUGAUCUCCGAUCCAUUUAUUCUCGACUACAUAAUUUAAACAAUGAAUUUUUUACAGAAAAUUCUCACCCAUUUAUUUAUCACGAGACUAUUUAUUAUGGUGGCAAUGGAAUUAAUUCAAAUGAAUACACAUCGUUGGGACGCAUCAUCGAAUUUCGUUUCUAUAAAGAGAUUACUAACGUUUUUCGCAAUAACAAUCAGUUAAGAUGGUUACGAAAUUUCGGUACAGAAUGGGGAUUGGUUCCCAGUGGAGAUGCAUUGGUUAUGAUUGAUAGCCAUGAUUUACGUGUUGGUCACACUGGACAAUUGGGUUUCAACAUAAAUUGUUUUGAAGCACGAUUGUUGAAAGCGGCUACAGCAUUCAUGCUUGCAUGGAAUUAUGGCAUCCCAAGAGUGAUGAGCAGUUAUUUCUGGGAUCAGAUUAUAAGAGACGGAAAAGAUGUCAACGAUUGGGUUGGUCCUCCUACCGAUCAACAUGGUAAUAUUCUUUCGGUCCAUCCAAAUCCGGAUAUGACUUGUAAUCAUGAAUGGAUAUGUGAACAUCGUUGGCGUGAAAUAUACAAUAUGGUUAAAUUUAAAUUGAUUGCUGGUCAAGAACCUGUAAAUAAUUGGUGGGAUAAUGGUGAUAAUCAAAUAGCAUUUAGUCGUGGUAAUCGUGCAUUUAUUGCCAUUAAUUUACAAAAAAAUGGCAAUGAUCAUGAUAAAAAUCUUCAAAAACGAUUACAGACCGGCUUGCCGCCUGGAAUCUAUUGUGAUAUAAUAAGUGGCAAUCUUAUCAAUAAUAGAUGUAUGGGUAAAUCUAUUCAAGUUGAUAAGAAUGGCCUAUCCGAUAUCUAUGUUGGCCACGAUGAAUUUGAUGCAUUUGUUGCCUAUCACAUUGGUGCUCGUGUGGAAUCUUAAUUUCCCAAGAGGAUUUUUUUUCCCCACUUAUUCAAGAAUUUUGUCAUAUUCGUCUCACUCAUCAUCGUCUUUUUUUGGCAAGUUAAAUGAAUGGAAUGACUUAUGGUAUUUUAUGGUAUGACAAAAUACACAUGAGAAUUGAAA